GUUCCUUUGUCCCAUUGGCCUUGAAUGCAACAUUAAUCUGGCACAAGGGGCACGACAACAUGGCUGCCGCUGCGGGCCGCUUCUACGGAGAAGGAGGCAGAGCAACAAAACGACAGAAAACCGAGGACGGAGGCAUGACAACGGAGAGCUACGAUGAUCCUCAUAAACCUUUACCCUCCCCGGUGGUGCACAUCAGAGGCUUGGUUGAUGGCAUUGUGGAAACUGAUUUGGUGGAAGCAUUGCAAGAGUUUGGGACCGUCAGUUCUGUGGUGAUGAUGCCCAAGAAGCGCCAGGCCUUGGUGGAGUUUGAGGACAUGAAUGGAUCCUGCAAUGCUGUUACAUAUGCCGCUGAGAACCAGGUUUACAUUGCAGGCCACCCUGCCUUCAUCAACUAUUCCACGAGCCAAAAGAUCUCCCGGCCAGGAGACUCGGACGACACACGAAGUGUGAACAAUGUCUUGCUGCUCACCAUCAUAAACCCCAUCUACCCCAUCACCACGGAUGUGUUGUACACCAUAUGCAACAACUGUGGUCCUGUGCAGCGGAUCGUCAUCUUCAGAAAGAAUGGUGUCCAGGCCAUGGUUGAAUUUGACUCGGUCCAAAGUGCCCAGAGGGCCAAAGCCUCGCUCAAUGGGGCUGACAUCUAUUCUGGUUGCUGUACACUGAAGAUUGAAUAUGCUAAGCCGGCACGGCUAAAUGUCUUCAAGAAUGACCAGGACACCUGGGACUACACAAAUCCAAACCUAAGUGGCCAAGAUGCUGACGGUGAAGGCAAUUGGAACAAUUCACAAGACCCGAAUGCAAAUCCCAACAAGCGUCAGAGGCAGCCUGCUCUACUUGGAGACCACCCACCUGAUUACGGUGGCCCUCAGGGAGGCUAUCAUGGGUACAGUGAUGACAGCUACGGGCCUCCCCCGCACCGCAUGGGGCCGGGUAUGGGCGGACGCGGUCGUGGUAGUCAGCGUUAUAGCGCUGCAUACGGGCCGCCGCCCUCCGAGUACGGCCCUCACGCUGACUCGCCCGUACUUAUGGUAUAUGGUCUUGAGCCCUCCAAGAUCAAUGCUGACAAGGUCUUUAACAUCUUCUGCCUCUAUGGUAAUGUGGAGCGGGUGAAAUUCAUGAAGAGCAAACCUGGAGCCGCAAUGGUGGAAAUGGGUGACUGCUAUUCUGUGGACAGGGCCAUCUCUCAUCUUAACAACAACUUCCUUUUUGGACAAAAACUCAACGUCUGUGUGUCCAAGCAGCAAGCUAUCGUGCCAGGACAGAGUUACCAGUUAGAAGACAACACCAGCAGCUUCAAAGACUUCCAUGGUUCUCGCAACAACCGCUUCACAUCACCAGAGCAGGCAGCCAAGAACCGAAUCCAGCACCCCACCAAUGUCCUACAUUUUUUUAAUGCACAGCCUGACAUCUCUGAGGAGAUCUUCAACCAGGUCUGCGAUGAAUUAGGAAUUAAGAGCCCUUCAAGUGUGAAACUGUUCAGUGGAAAGAGUGAGCGAAGUUCAUCAGGGUUGCUUGAGUGGGAAUCUGUUAAUGAUGCCAUGGAAGCCCUGGCAAUGAUGAACCAUCACCAGAUGAAAAACCCCAGUGGGCCUUACCCUUAUACUCUGAAGUUGUGUUUCUCAACCACCCACCAUGCCAGCAGCUAAAUUACAACUGCUUCAAAAAAUGUCACAUUUUAUUUCUUUGCUUAAACUAUAAUGUAGUUCUGUUCUUAUGUCAUAUUAAAAUGUUCACUCAUUAUUGACAGAAGUAGAAUUGUUGUUUUAUAUUUUAAGUGAUGACAGUAUUCCCUUUUUUCCCAAUGUAAUAUCAAGACCCAAUCUGUAAAUUCAGCCCUUGUUUUUAAACAGAGGGAACUUCACUUUGAAACGUAAACAUCCAUAUGUAUGUAUUGGCAAACAGUGUAAUGAGCAAAUUGUAGUUUCCUGAUUAAAAAAAUACAUAUGUUGUCAUUUGAUGGGGUAAUUAUUAAUGUUGACGUUUUAAGAAUAAAUAAAACGAGUGGAAACACUGUGGAGGUUC